CUGUCAUAUGAUUUGUAUCAACAUUUCUGUAUAGACAAAAUCGAAAAACAACGAAAAAUUACAUAAGUUUCUUAAAUUCACUGUUUGAAAUGUUCCGUUCGGCGAGCACUAAAGUGGCGCCCGUGCUGCUUGGCGCGGUGGCUGUAAAUGCCAGUGCCGGUGCAGAGGCACCGAAACCUAAGGAAGAGCCAAAUAAAAUGGUCUGCAAACCAUCCGAACUACCACUCUAUCGACCACUGAACCAGAAGAUUGAUUGUGAAUGUCAUCAUCGCAAACUGGAGUCGACCGGACCUGCGUCCGUACUCGAAGAAGGAUUCAGAACUAUCCGGGUCCAGGUGCAGGAAGCAUCCAAACUAGUCGACGAUCAAAAGAAGCAACUGGUUGAUCUGUACGAGGAAGGAAAAAAGCAAACAAAGUUUAUUAACGAUUAUCUGCACCAGGAAGACAACACAAUGCCACGUGUUGGAGCGAUUGCAAUCGGUGGUUUGGCCGGUCUGAUCUUCGGUCUGCGAGGAGGCUUCUUCAAACGUAUCAUCUACACUUCGAUUGGUUCCGGUAGUGUAGCGUCGAUCUGCUACCCACAGGAAGCUGAAAUGUACGCGCAGCACGGUUUGGUUGAGGCGAAAAAGUAUGCCACAAUCGGGUAUAACUUCGUGUACGGCGUUAAACCAGGCGAUAAGCAGCUAGAAUUGCCCACAAUACCGACCAAUUUGGGCGAACUGAAAGACAGCGUAUCUGGGUUGGCAAAAUCGGCUUACGACGCAGUAUUCCCAGAGAAGAAAUGAACCGGAAUGGUAGACCGUGCGUGUCCAUUUUCCUUCCCAUGUGAUUCGUGAUUCUGGUUGGUGUAGACAAUUGAUACUGUGUCGUGCAUGUAUGUGGUGCAAAUAAAGCAC